UCCCCAUCAGUUUUUAUAGAAGCACCCCCUGAAUCAGACCCAAUUGACACAGUUGAUGUUGCAAGACGUGUGAGGGAUGUCCUUGAAAGACAUAAAAUAAGUCAAACACUUUUCUCAAAAUAUGUAAUCAAACGAUCCCAAGGAACAACCAGUGAUCUCUUGCGAUGCCCAAAACAAUGGGAACGUAUGAGCGAAGAGGGACGUGUCCCAUAUCGUCGGAUGAAGGCUUGGUUGGAGGGUGACCUUCAGCAUAACUUGCAAGUUUUGCUUCGGAUAAAACAAGGUCUUGAUGUGCCAGCUCUUCCACCAAAAUGCAAUCGAACAAAAUUCUCAGAUGAACAGAAAGAAGCACUGGAAUCAUUUCUCUCACAAAACCCACGUCUAACACAUGAUACUUUGGAGCAGUUUGCAACUGAACAAAACUUGACUAUUUCCGCAGUGAGAAACUGGGUGAAUAACCGUAAACAGCGCAUGAAAAGAGGAUCGUCAACAGGUUUUGACGAGAGUCCAGGAAAGUACAUCAGAUUUGAUGGCUCUGAAGAUUUAGAUGAUGGUGGUUUUCCAACAAGACAGCAGGAAUAUGAUUCCUCAAGUAUUAAUGGAAUUGAAACUGAAGGUGUUCCAACAAUGGUCACUUCAGCACCAUAUAACCAGGAGAAAGUAGCUCAGUCAAGAGUUAGCACAGAAUUUGAAGCAACAAGAGUUAGUGCAGAGUUUGAUGCUUCAAGCUUUGAUGGGGUGAAAAACAGCUCCGUUGUUGAUGCCCCGGUGGCCACAACUUUCAAACAAGAAAGUGAUGGACAAAAACAAUGUGAAUAUGACAGAUCAACAAACAAUGUUACAAUUGAGUGUUUAAGUAAUGAUUGAAGUAAUGUUCAAACAAUUAACUUGUAUAUGUUAGAAGAAUUGACUAUAAAGAAUGAUUUUAUACCAUGAAGCAUAUUUACAUAUAAUAUAUGACCAUAUAUUGAAAUAUUAA